AUGCCCUUCCUGCACUCGCCACACCGGAUUAUUGCCCCCAGCACUUGCCAUGGCCGGAACACUAUAAUCAAAUGUAUGGCGAACCCUAGGAGAGUGAAGAUGGUGGCGAAGCAAAUUAGGAGAGAGCUAUCUGAUAUGUUACUCACUGAUAAGGUUUUGCAAUAUGCGGUUUUGCCCGAAGCUGCUUUGGGCGCGGAUAGAUAUCUGUCCUCACUUACUACCAUCAGUGAUGUUGAAGUUUCAGCUGAUUUGCAGGUUGUGAAAGUAUAUGUGUCUGUUUUUGGCGAUGAAAGAGGAAAAGAAGUAGCACUGGCUGGUUUGAAGUCAAAAGCAAAAUAUGUUCGAAGUAAGCUGGGGCAACGUAUGAAGUUGCGACUGACUCCUGAGAUCCGUUUCAUAGAAGAUGAGUCUCUAGAACGAGGAAGCAGGGUAAUUGCUAUAUUAGAUAAUUUAAAGGAUGAAAAUGACAAGAAAGCUACAGAAGGUCAAGCUGAGGAUCUGCAGGAUUCAUCCGAUUCUCUGAACUGGUACGAGUUUGAGGCAUGGGUUUGCUUCUUCACGGGGUUGAAGCUCAUCGUUAUUUGCUCCUUUAAAGCAUCUCCUUCCAUCCUGUUUGAGCAAUGGAGAUUUAACGGAGUUCUCAUCUAA